GUUUCGUCGGAAGUGCAAACACAAAAUCACGUUCCUGACGGUAUGGAUCUUCGUUCCGGCCGCUACACCGGUCAUUGGAUGACCAACCUCGGCGAGCCGGCCUUCCCGACGGAGCUGUGGGAGCUCAUCUUCGGCUUUCUGCCGGGGAAUGCAAUCUGCCGGCUUCGGCUGGUGUGCCGGCGCUGGCGGGACAUUGUCGGAUCCUGUCCGGCGCUGCUGAACCGGCUGCGGAUGACGCUGGAGCGAAUCGAGGAGUCGGAGAGCUUUCUGAUGGAUGAGAACUUUGUGGUGCCGCCGCUGCCUCCGGUAUCGCAAGUUCUGCUGGACAACUGGGACAUUUUGUCCGUUGAUUGGUGGGUGGAGCUGGGUUUGAAGCUGCGGGAGAUUACGCUGUUUCGAUGCACGGUGUUCAUGGAGACCUUGCUGGAAAUGGUGCAACGAUCGCCAAACUUGAAAAGUUUGCGGCUGAGGACGGUGUGGCUCAAGGCAAACGGUCCGUUUGCGGCCAGCUUCCGGCAGGAAGGGAUGCGCCAGCUUACCAUGGACAGCAUCCAUUAUGAUGGCUUAACGGAUUUGACCGCGAUUCACACGUUUGUCACGAUCUUUCCCCGGUUGUGUGACUUCCGGCUGCGCGUUCCGACGUGCUUGAUGGCGCUGGUUUGGCUGAUCCGUCGCCUUCAGGACACGUUGGAGAGUCUUGAGGCGAUUCCGGAACGUGUCGAGGACAGUCUGUUGCCCGAAGUCGGUAGAUUGCAAGAUGUGCUUCGGCUGAAGCGAUUGUCGUUUGAUGCUCGGGACCCGUUUGGCAAGGAAGAUUGGGAAGGGUUAUACCGUGCGCAGCCACUGCUCGAAGAACUGGUCAUCGAUGUGGACAGGAGUUCGAUUAUGUCCGAUAUUGCAAGAACUACGCCAACGAUCAAAGCCCUUUCACUCUACCUGGUCGGGUCGAUCUCGAUGAGCUUUCUGAGCGAAUUUCCGAAGUUGCGGUAUCUCGAAAUCAACGGAUACACCUCCGACCGGUACGAUCCACUCCCGCUAGGAGAACAGCAGACUGAACCGAUUCGCUGUCCCGCUCUUCGCACGUUCCGCCUAUUCCAGAUGACCUUGGUGGGCUUUUUCAACUUCUUUGCCCUCUGUCCCCAAGUCGAGUCCAUCUUGCUCGACGACGUUAAGCUGGUACACGCACCUUCCACGAUGACCUUCGCCAACCUGCGUCACCUGGACGUUUCCGCGUGCUUCUCGGUGAAGCCGACUCUGCUGCACAUCUUCGCGCACAGUCCACUGCUGGAGCACGUGCGCCUAACCCACAUGGCGGAUAUCGACGACGAGGUCAUGCGGGUGCUCUGCCAACGGGCAACCCGACUCCGCAAGCUAGAGCUUGACCAGUGUGUCGCGCUUUCCGACAUUUCCGGUGAGUACAUCAUUGAACACUGUGCCGCAAUGGAGGAACUGCGCCUCUACCUGAACCGUUUGUCGCCGGCGAUGAUGCAGCGGCUGCAGCGAACCCGGAACAUCCGGGUAUGGUUCAGUUAUAACGUACCUCCGCUUGAAAUCAUGGAAUUUUGA